UGGUAGUCGGUCGUGAUAUAACCUCGGAAGUUUUGCCCCAUGCCGAAAUAAAAAUAUUCUUGACUGCUAGUUUGGAAUCGAGAGCACAAAGAAAAUACCACGAAUGCAAAGGUAAAGUUAGUUUGGAAGAAUUAAAGCGGGAAUUAUCAGAACGCGAUGAGCGAGAUAAAAAUCGCUCUCUUUCUCCGCUAAAAAAAACGGCGGACAGUUACGAAAUAGACACUACCGAUUUAUCCUUAGCCGAAGUUAUAGAAAAAAUAAAUUCACUACUUGACCCGCCCCUACCCAUUACUUUUUCCGCUGAACUUUUAGAGAAAGAAUUAGAAAUUUUCGUGGGUAAAUUAGAAAGAAUUCGGAGUAAUCAAAUUUCUCUGGAAACGAUUAGAGGGUUAACUAUUAUUUAUCAAGGCGAGAGAAAGCCGCUAAAAACAAUAUCUAGUCUGCGCAUUUCCCCCAGCAAUGAAUUAGUUAUUCGUGCUUUUGAGCCUCAACUAACUUCCCUAAUUACCGAGCCAGUUAGAAAAAUGGGUUACAAGUUAGAAGGAAUUACCAAAAAUGAGGCUUAUUUUACUUUAUUAUCCAGUGGGGAAUCCCGAGAAAAACUUACUCGGGAUGUCAAAAGCAUAACUGAGGAAGGGAAGGUGGCUUUUCGUCAAGUUCGCCAAGCCUUUCGGGAAAAGAUAGGGGUCUUAGCCCAAGGGAAAAGUGAUAAGAGAGGAGAACUGAGAAUUUCUGCUGACCAAAAACGGAAAUACGAAAUUGAAAUGGAAAAACUAGUCAAAGAUUAUCAGGAGAAAUUAAUCCGAGCCGAGGAAAAAAAAAUUCGAGAAUUAGGGAAAAUCUAG